UGAGCAAAGAAGAGGAAGCCUGGCUGGAAGCCAAGAUUCCUACGGACAAUUCUCUGGAGGCCCUAAUGCCUUCAAUACUUCCGCUAACGAAGCCGACAUGAGGGUAAAAAUCAAAGAGUUCUUUGUUGAAGCAACUAGAGAGGAUGGACUUUUAAAUUGAGAUGCGUAUCUUGAUAAUUUCAGGAACUAUUCUUUCCAUGAUUCACCUGGAAUCAAAGGUGCAGUUUUAAGAAAUACACACAGACAGAAAGCAAAGACAUCUAGCUCAAAAUCAAUUGGAAUACUGAAUGAUGAGGAAUAUGUAAGGCAGCCAAAGGAUUCUGCCAGAAGACAUAGUGAAAUGGUGAUAAAGCCCCAAAGUUUAAAUGAGAGAAUUCCAGUAAAUACUCCUGUUAGAGAGCCUCAGACUUCAAGAGCAAGAGAUUAUGAAGGUAUGAUACCAGAAAAAUACCAAAAUGCUCCUCUGCAAAAGAGGCUAAGUGCUGGCAUGCCUUUCACUGACAGACAGAUGAAUCAAAUGUACCAUCAAGAAGAAGUCAAUCCGAAGAUGAUGAGACAUCCAAGUUCCGGAUAUCAGCAAAAUAAAAUGAGUGAAGAUGUGUCAAAACCUCAGAUGGUUGACGAAAAGUAUCAGCAAUAUCAGCAAAACCAACAAAGAGAAAGAAUGUCUCAUGAAAUGAAACAGAAGCAGAGAGGUUACAUUGGGAGUUUUUCGAAGAGAUUGGAUCACCUCAGCCAAAGUAUAAAGAAAUGUUGAGAAACUGUCUUCCUGUCAUGAGAUAAGGACCUCAAGAAUCUUGAUGGUACAGAAGAUAUAAAAAUGGAGGAAAGUUUUGACCAUAGUAAAUCAGAACCAGAAAGGAAGCAAGGAGGCAAGAGAGGAAGACAACCCUCAUCUGACAACCUAUCUUUAUUCUUUCGAAAUUGCAAGCCCAACGAGUUUAUCAAUCUAAAUGGCAUCAGCAAUAAGUUAUCGCUGGAAUAUAAUAUGCAAGCAUUUAAUCAAGAUUUGAACAAGCAAGGGAUAUAUGAAGCCCUGGAUCUUUAUGGGUAUAACGAACGCGAGAAGGCUUAUUUCCAAGACGUUUAUAACAAAUUUUACAAAAACGAUGACUUCCUUAACAGAAUUGGCCAGGGCCACCUCUCGACUAAGAGAAAAGUUCUCCCUGGAGAUCUUGUCUGUGAGGAAGCUGAGGAUCCAUUGGACAAUGGCUUGAUUGAGCCUGAUAUUAACAAAGUUAAGCACUAUAUUGACUACGAGAAGCAUAUUAAGAGCUCUAACCCUAAUCCAAAUAGGGAGCAAGGAGUGAGGAAUCCUCAGUCUUAUGGCACAAGACUGUCGAUAGACCAAUGACUGAUGAUCAAGGAUGAAAGUUUUAUGUAGAUGCU